AUGUCCGGUGAAAGCUCAAUGCCAUCCGGUGUCCUUCUGCUAGGCAGUAUCCCUCUCUCCUCGACGGAAGAGGUCUUCAACAAGAUUCCUGCCGCGCUGCCAGGACGACUAUUCGCCAUUCCAGACGGCGAGACGGGCAUUCGCGACAACUAUAUCCGAUGGCAGGUCGAUUGUUUCCCCAAGGAGACCAUCCAUCAGUUCCUGGGAGGAACCGACGUGCCCGCCGACCAUCCCGGUUUCACCCUAGAUGACAUUAAGCCGACCCAGUAUGACACAGUUGCGUUCGAAUCCUACCAAACCUUCCUAAAGCUCCGGGAGCAAAAGGUCAUCCCACCCGGAGUACGAUUCCAGGUCUCGCUCCCUCUACCACUCAACUGCGUGCAGGGUCAUACGAGAGCAAAGUUCCAUGCUCAGCUGGACCCCUUGUACGAGCAGCGCAUGAUUGAAUCGGUCCAGUCUAUUAUCCAGAACAUUCCUGCCCAUGACCUCGCCCUCCAGUGGGACGUCUGCUUCGAGGUCACGGCGCUUGAGAAUGAGCGCGGCCGGCUCACGGAUCCCUUCUUCAAGCCUCAUUUCUCUCCAGUAAUGGAGGGGGUUCUGGAGCGUAUUCAGCGCGUCAGCAACAUCAAUAUCAUCCCCGCUGAGAUCCCGCUCGGUUUUCACUUGUGCUACGGGGACCUGGGGCACAAGCAUUUUGUCGAGCCGGAGGAUCUCGGUCUCCUGGUCGAUCUGGCCAAUAAUAUUCACAAGCGUAUUCAUCCUCGCCCAAUCACUUGGGUGCAUAUGCCUGUGCCCAAAGACCGAGAUGAUAUCGCCUACUUUGAACCCCUGAAGAAGCUGGAGCUGAGCCAACAUGCCCGGUUGUAUUUGGGGGUCGUGCAUGCCCACGAUGAGGAGGGCACCCGCCGGAGGAUCCAGACGGCCAAGUCAGUGGUGUCUGAUUUUGGAGUGGCGACCGAGUGCGGUAUGGGACGGACUCCAGCUGAGGAGCUUCCCAGUAUCUUGGAGAUUUCCAGAAAUGUUUCUUCGCCGGUGUCUUGA